GCUCCCGCUGCCCCUCCCCGCGCGAGCUCCACCCAGGUCGCCCGCAGCGCGGUCGGCGGCGGCUAUUUCCCGCCAUUGUGCGAAGUGAAGGCUAGGGGCCCGUACGCGCCCGCCUGACCGUCGCCAGCAGCUGCUCGGCGGCCCCACCGCAGCCCUCGCUCCCUGAGGCGCUGGAGGCCCGCGCCCCGCCGCUCGCUGUGCGUGGGAGGGCGCGAGCGAACGGGGGCGAGGAGCGGCCGAGCCGCUGAAGAGGAGCUGGGCGCCGGCCGCCCGGCCGCGCUCGGCCCGCGGAUCGCCUCCGCCCGGUCCACGCCGGCCCCGGCCCCUGGCGAGAUGCCGUGUGGGGAGGAUUGGCUUAGCCACCCGCUGGGAAUCGUGCAGGGAUUCUUCGCCCAAAAUGGAGUUAAUCCUGACUGGGAGAAGAAAGUAAUUGAAUAUUUUAAGGAAAAGCUGAAGGAAAAUAAUGCUCCUAAGUGGGUACCAUCACUGAAUGAAGUUCCCCUUCAUUAUUUGAAACCUAAUAGUUUUGUGAAAUUUCGUUGCAUGAUUCAGGAUAUGUUUGACCCUGAGUUUUACAUGGGAGUUUACGAAACGGUUAACCAAAACACAAAAGCACAUGUUCUUCAUUUUGGAAAAUAUAGAGAUGUAGCAGAGUGUGGGCCUCAACAAGAACUUGAUUUAAACUCUCCACGAAAUACCACUUUGGAAAGACAGACUUUCUAUUGUGUUCCGGUGCCUGGGGAAUCUACGUGGGUAAAAGAAGCCUAUGUUAAUGCAAACCAAGCUCGAGUCAGUCCCUCAACAUCCUACACUCCUAGUCGCCACAAGAGGAGUUAUGAAGAUGAUGACGAUAUGGACCUACAGCCCAAUAAACAGAAAGACCAACAUGCAGGUGCCAGACAAGCAGGGAGUGUUGGUGGUCUUCAAUGGUGUGGAGAGCCAAAACGUUUAGAAACUGAAGCUUCUACUGGGCAACAGCUGAACUCUCUGAACUUGUCUUCUCCUUUUGAUUUGAAUUUUCCAUUGCCAGGAGAGAAGGGCCCUGCAUGCCUUGUGAAGGUUUAUGAAGAUUGGGAUUGUUUCAAAGUAAAUGACAUUCUUGAGCUAUAUGGCAUACUGUCUGUGGAUCCUGUGCUGAGUAUACUGAGUAAUGAUGAAAGGGAUGCCUCUGCACUGCUGGAUCCGAUGGAGUGCACAGACACAGCAGAAGAGCAGAGAGUACACAGUCCUCCUGCUUCAUUAGUGCCGAGAAUUCAUGUGAUCUUAGCCCAGAAGUUGCAACACAUCAACCCAUUAUUGCCUGCCUGCCUUAACAAAGAGGAGAGCAAAACCUUUGUUUCAAGUUUCAUGUCCGAAUUGUCUCCAGUCAGAGCAGAACUUCUUGGGUUCCUUACUCAUGCCCUUCUGGGGGAUAGUUUGGCUGCUGAAUACCUUAUAUUGCAUCUCAUCUCCACAGUAUAUACAAGAAGAGAUGUCCUUCCACUAGGAAAAUUUACAGUUAACUUGAGUGGUUGCCCACGGAAUAGUACCUUCACGGAACACUUGUAUCGAAUUAUUCAACAUCUUGUUCCAGCAUCUUUUCGUCUACAGAUGACUAUAGAGAACAUGAACCAUUUGAAAUUCAUUCCCCACAAAGACUACACAGCCAAUCGCUUGGUCAGUGGGCUCCUCCAGCUGCCCAGCAACACUUCCCUUGUAAUCGAUGAGACUCUCCUGGAACAGGGGCAGCUGGAUACCCCAGGUGUUCAUAAUGUGACAGCCCUGAGCAACCUCAUAACGUGGCAGAAGGUGGAUUAUGACUUCAGCUACCAUCAGAUGGAAUUCCCCUGCAAUAUUAACGUUUUCAUUACUUCGGAGGGGAGGUCACUCCUCCCGGCAGACUGCCAGAUUCACUUACAGCCCCAGCUAAUUCCACCAAACAUGGAGGAGUACAUGAACAGCCUUCUCUCAGCGGUGCUGCCUUCCGUGCUGAACAAAUUCCGCAUUUAUCUAACUCUUUUGAGAUUCUUGGAAUACAGCAUAUCUGAUGAAAUAACCAAGGCAGUUGAAGAUGACUUUGUGGAAAUGCGGAAGAACGACCCUCAGAGCAUCACUGCUGAUGAUCUUCACCAGCUGCUCGUGGUGGCUCGGUGUCUGUCUCUCAGUGCUGGUCAGACAACGCUGUCAAGAGAACGAUGGCUGAGAGCAAAGCAGCUAGAGUCUUUAAGAAGAACGAGGCUUCAGCAGCAAAAAUGUGUGAAUGGAAAUGAACUUUAAAGAUGUGAUACCUAUGAAGAGUAAUGGGCAAAUUGUAGCCACAUAAUUGUAAAAUUCAGAUAUUCAUUUAUACCACAUUGUUUUAUAGGUAAUUUCUAUCACAAACCAGUGACAUUUCCUGAAAUCAAGCCUGGUAACAUCUGAUGUUUAUAUGAUAUUCAGUAAGGACUUUUACCUUACUGAUUUCAUGGAGCUUUUGAAGUUUGUUUUAUAAUUAUAUAAAUUAGUAAUGAUGUAAAAAAAGUAUUUGAUAUUAAAAGUUUAAUAUUGAUAAUGUU